AUGCCGAGGAACCCAGGCAGUGGUUUGACAUCGCGAUUUAGUUUUGUAAUAUUCUUCAGAUUUUUCUUUGUAUUACCAAAGGCUGUCGCACAAGCUGAUUGUGGUGAUCUUCUCGAUGCCACCGCUGAGUCCGUUCUUGACCGUUGUACGGUGGCCGCUGACAUUACUCUAUCGGACAAUUCAUCCGUUACGACGGUAAAUUUGAGAAGCAUUCGAACAGUGGGCGGCGACCUGGACCUGAGAGGGCCUGCCCUUGAGACCCUCGAGGGACCCUCUCUUACGAGUAUCACAGGGGAUUUCACGAUCCGGUCUUCCGGGCUAUCACAACUGGAGAUACCUAAACUAUCUAGUAUCGGCGCGGACUUGUUCUUCGAACUCUCAGAUUCUCCUCUUGACAACAUCCACCUUAAUUUAUCCAGAAUUCCUGAUGAUAACGAUAUCGUCUUCAUUCGGAGCCCCAACAUUCGGAGGAUAUCUGUAAAUGUAUCCCCUAGCGCUGCGGCAGGGAAUCGAUCCCUCACUAUCGAGAGCCUGUAUUCACUCAAUGCAUUAGAGCUUGGGGGAGUCAAAUUUACCACGGUCAAUAUUACAGCGACUUCCAUAUCCUCGAUUCCAAACAUUUGGCCCUCUGCAGCAAAUAAAAUCCAAUUAUAUUCAAUGGAGCUCUUAGGGAACUUUUCUGUUCCUAGUACUUCCGUCCAAUCUUCCGUCAUACUUGCAGGAAUAGGAUCACCUAGUGCCGCCUUUCCGGAUCUUACUACAAUUGGCGGAGAUUUCAGCCUCAUUCAAACAGAUACGGUGGAGUUAUCACUUCCUCGACUACGUUCUGUACUCGGCGGCUUUACCAUUAGUAUCAACGGUAAGCUGCAAAGUCUUUCUGUUGGAGCGGUGGAAAGUAUAUCGAACCUGGCCUUUGCGAACAACUCAGUCCUUUCUGAGGUAUCUUUCCCUGAACUGAGCACUCUGGACGUCCUUUCCCUCCAAUACAACGACUACAUGACUUCGCUCGACCUUCAGACUUGGUUCCCGAAACUUUCCCAAGUAUCGCAAUACAUCACCUUACAAGGCCAAUUUGAUAAUCUGACUUUUCCAACUUUACAAAAUGGGGUUGGCAUAAAAGCUCCACUCAUAACCGUCGUUUCGUCAGUAGAGCUCGACUGUACUGCUGUAAGAAACGAAGCUAUUGAAAAGCAAGCCAUCGUCGAUAUUUCGAACCUAGAAUGCACGUCCGGCCCGAAAGGGAGCAAGCCAUCGGUAACUGGGUCUCCGUCUAGACCUGUGACUCCAUUGUCAACUGAGUCUAAUAGCUCAAACAGAGGCGACAGAUCUAUUGGGGGGAAGUCGUCUACAAGUGUUGGUGCGAUAGUAGGCGGAACUAUUGGUGGUGUCGUCCUUUUAGCCGCAGCUUUGGUUGCUGCCUGGACCUUUGUCCGACGCCGAAAGCGAUUAGUGGGAGGUUUGAAGAGUGCUUCGAAUACGGUAGGUGGGGUCGAAGAGAAUGUGGGGGGUAUUGAUGAUUUUAGUCGUGAGGCUGGAGGUAUAAGCUCGAAGUGA